ACAGAGAUAGGUUUCGUCCCCAACAAAAAGACGACGCGGUCGCUGCCGCCUUGUUGCCAGGAAUACAUCAAAUUGUGUCAAGGAGUUUAGCUACGCUGCUGCUUCAGUACUUCAAGGGAAACCCCUCUCUGCAUACUUACGUUCCGCGCGAUAACCAUGCGCCGUUCAGCGCGAAGAGCUGAGGCCUCCAAAGCAAGCGCGGGUCCCAAACGAAAAUUACGCAACCCAUCAACUCCAUCCAAUGCUGGUGAUGACAGAAGCAUCACCACUAGUACUCCCAGCCGGCGGUCAUCCUCCGCGUCGAUGGGACACACCCCACCAUUGCGCCAAUUGGAAACAGCAACAACACCGCCGUCUUCAAGAGGACAUGGGGCGAAGAACGCACGGGGUAUCACGGAUCCGCCCGAAGCACAGGGAGUGCUCGUGUCGCGCGUGUACGGUCUGUUAGCUGGGCUGACCUUGGUGCUGGUACGCGUGGUGGGAGGGAUCGUUACUCCCAUCGCGGACUGCGACGAAACCUACAACUAUUGGGAACCUGUGCAUUACCUUCUCUAUGGCACGGGGAUGCAAACCUGGGAGUAUUCUCCCGAGUACACGUUGCGGUCCUACGCUUACCUCCUGCCCCCUGCCGCGCUGGCCAAAGCCGGUGCUCUGGCCCUGCGACUCUUCCAAGGGCCUUUGCUCCCGGACAAGCGCCUUUUAUUUUAUUUCCUUCGGGUCGUGUUCUCCUUGAUCUCGGCCAGCUCCGAAGCCACCUUUGUCGAUGCCGUCACCCGGCGCUUCGGUGCCCGCCCCGGAUUUUUGACCUUCGCGCUCCUCCUCACGUCUGCGGGGAUGUUCCAAGCCUCCCCCGCCCUUCUCCCCUCCAGCGCGGCCAGCAAUUUUGUCAUGGUGACCACGGCUUGUUGGCUGUCGCGUCGGUACGCAUGGGCCACGCUGGCCGCCGUCACUGCCGUCGUGGGCCUGGGUUGGCCCUUUGUGGCACUCCUCUUCCUCCCCCUGGCGCUGCACACGCUCUACGAGGCCGUGUCCCACAGUCCCGGUCCGGGUGUUGCCCGGCAAUGUCGCCAGGGCUUCCUCUAUGUCCUGUCCUUGGGGGUAGCGGCCCUGGUCCUCGUCCUUCCCCCCGUCCUGCUCGUGGACGGCUUCUUUUACCGUCGCUGUGUGCUCCCAGUCUGGAGCAUCCUUCGCUAUAACCUGGGAGGGGCCGCGGUAGGCGCAGACGAUACUCUUUACGGAGUAGAACCCUGGUCUUUUUAUUUGAAAAAUUUGCUCCUAAAUUUCAAUGUGGUGCUGCCCCUGGUCCUCCUUUUGCCUUUCCUCCUCCUCCUCGUCCCCCCGCCCGCGUGGCCCUCUACGGGAAGAGGGACUUCCUUCCUCUUUGUCGCCCCUGCGUAUUUAUGGUUAGGCGUGAUGACCACGCGUCCUCACAAAGAGGAACGGUUCCUUUUUCCCAUCUACCCCCUGUUAGCCUUGGGCGGGGCCCUCUCCUUGCACGUCGUGGUGGGCUCCAUGGACCGAUGCCUGACAAAGGCGGCACCGCUGGCAGUCGCCUCCGCCAAGGGCAACAAAGGCGGGGGUAGAAAACGGAACGGUCGCGACAAAGGUCCGGAACAGGAGGGUCCACCUCGCCCGCCUCUCGCUGGUCUCCUACACCGCCUUGCUCACAUGGCGGUCCGAGGAAUGAUGCCUCUCGCCCUCCUCCUCCAUGCCCUCCUUUCCCUCUCCCGCGCGGUUUCGAUGACCCAAAAUUUUUCCGCACCCCUCCGUCUCUUCGACGAUUUUUCCAAGCACCAACGGGCAGAGUAUUUGAAGGCGGCGGCGCCCGUGGCUGCAUCGAAAUCUGCCGAUCCCUCUCCCGAUCCCUCCCCGCCUCCGGUGCGGCCGGCCCGUCUCUGUCUGGGCGCCGAAUGGUACCGAUUCCCUUCUUCGUUUUUCCUACCCCAUGCCCACGUCCAUCUUGCGUUCGUUCGCGCCGGCUUUGGGGGCCAACUCCCACAGCCAUUUCGAGCCGAAAACGGGACAUGGGCCCCUCCCUUGCAAGCCUUCAACGCGCACAAUCUGGAAGAGAAGGCCCGCUACGUCCCCAUCCAUUCCUGCCGUUACUUGGUGGAGCUCUUUCCUCCCGCGCCGGGAGGAGUCAGGGACCAGGGGGUUCCGGAGCCGUCCACGGGAGCGGCCGGAGAAGGAGACAGCAAGGAGCGAGCACGUGCCCAAGAAGAGGCUACCUCCGAAGACGAACGGAUCGUACACGAUGUAGAAUGGAUAGACCGGCGGCUUCGGGAGCUGGGGGAGGCUCGACCAGUGGCCUGGCGCAUUCUUCGGCACUACCCUUUGUUGGAUAAAGCUUUAUCGCCCUCGCCAUGGCGUGCUUUCUGGGUCCCCUUCGGAGGGGCGUCGCGUUUGCAUUACGGAGCAUUCACUUUGCUUGAGCGAGAGGAAGAAGAUGACUUUGAUCCCGGUCCUUGGUCGGAGCUGGGAUUUAUCCAAUAA